CGCCUCACGCCCCCACAGCCUCGGGAGCCAGGCGCGUCGCUGAACCUCCACAGGCGGGGUAUUCCAGGGAGCCAGCCCGCGCACCGGGUCCUCACAGGGUCACGACCGCACGGCCUGGAAGCCAGCCUGCACACCGGGGACACGACUUCAUACCCACGGACGGGCCGCAGACACACACCAGCAACAGCUACCAACGGAUACAAGUCAAACGAGGAUCCGCUAAGGGCAGCCGUGGCCAUGGGGAGCCGUGACGGGGGCCUGGGGGUCAGCUCCUUGCACUCGGGCCGCGCAGGUCUAGGUGAGGGGUCCCUGGCCAUCCUAGAGCGGGACGGUGAGCCGCCGCAGGCCUGGGACCCGGAUGAUGCCAAGCGUGCCCGCGGGCUGCACCCUGGCGCCGAGCGCCUGCCGGGACUCUACCUGCCGUGCUUCGACAUGCUCCUGGCGGAGGAUGCGACCUGGCUGAUGAAGGCGGAGCCGCGGAAGGAGCCGGAGCAGUGCCCCGUCAUCGACAGCCAGGGCCUGGGACUGCCGCCUGGCCUGGACGCGCAGGUGGAGGAGCGCUCGCUGGAGCAGGUGCAGAGCAUGGUGGUGGGCGAGGUGCUGAAGGACAUCGAGACGGCCUGCAAGCUGCUCAACAUCAACCCUGACCCCAUGGAGUGGAACCCUGGAAAUGUCCAGAAGUGGGUGCUGUGGACGGAGCACCUGUACAGGCUGCCCCAGGUGGGCAGGGCUUUCCAGGAUCUCUCCGGAAAGGACCUCUGCGCCAUGAGUGAAGACGACUUCAGGCAGCGGUCCCUGCAGUGUGGGGACGUCCUCUACGCCCACCUGGACAUCUGGAAGUCAGCUGCUUGGAUGAAGGAGCGAUGUUCUCCAUCUGACAAGUUGAACGGUACGGAGGACCUGUGGUCAGAGGCAGACUCCUCCUGUUCGGGACAGCCCAUCCACCUGUGGCAGUUUCUGCGGGAGCUACUGCUGAAGCCCCACAGCUACGGCCGCUGUAUCCGCUGGCUCAACAAGGAGAAAGGCAUCUUCAAAAUCGAAGACUCCGCCCACGUGGCGCGGCUGUGGGGGAUCCGCAAGAACAGGCCGGCCAUGAACUACGAUAAGCUGAGCCGCUCCAUCCGCCAGUACUACAAGAAGGGCAUCAUCCGCAAGCCCGACGUGUCCCAGAGACUGGUCUACCAGUUUGUACAUCCAGUAUGAAGGGCAAGGCGGCAGUGAGGGGCCAGCGGGGAAAAGGGCAUGUGCUUCGGGUUAUGGAUGUGCUACUGUUGGUCAGAGGCUGCGGGCGGUGGGCUCCGCCCAUUGGUUCGCUCAGACUUCCCAGGAUGACGUCACACACAUACACCCCAAAGAUCCGCAUUCAGCAGAGCCGGGGACGCACUGCCCGACCACUCACCUGCUGCCGCAUCCGAAAGGUCAAAUCGCGAUGCUGGACAAGCAGAGACGCCAGGAAAAGUGACGACCACAGACUGCCUUUACCGUAUAUUCGCAUUAUCUGCCUGUUAUAGUUACUUAUGUUUACAAUUUCCCCCGUUUUCAGUAAUUAGGUGCACAGUGUAUAGGGAUUCUGUCUUUCUAUUUCAGCGACUUUUAAAGCCGCUAUUUUUAUUUCUGAAAAUGCCAUUUAUUAGUGUUGCUCCAACUAUUUAAUAAUCCUCGAGUGUUUGCCUCAAGAUUUUUGAUUGCAUGGCGAUUCUCUGGUCAUGCACCUUAUAGCUCUCCUCGUUAAAAAUUUGCUGUUGGACAAGCACCGUGAUAAUGCACAACUUAAAUAUGAUCAUAUUUGAAUAUAUCAUUGAAAAAUUUAUAUAUCAUUCUUGACACCAAAAAUGUAAAAUGCUACAUACUACAGCCGUGGAUAUUUUUAGACAACAACCUAAAAACAGUUCUAAUUUAUUUAUACGAAGCAACCACUUUUCGUCCCGUUUAUUGUUUAAAUGCGCCAUUUAUCUGUAUAGCACGGUAAAUUUGCGAGCGCUGCGGAUAUAUUACGGUAAUCUGCGAUGCGUAUCGGUACAGUAAAUAUAGGUUUUAUUUAUAACCCCCGACGGCUUUCGGCCAGAGGCUCAAACAGGCGUUUCCUCCGAGGUCUUUAUCCAUCAUCGCCACCAUACUUAUGUCAACAUUAUCCCACUUCCCCUUAUCUACCCCCUGGCUAUGGGCCGCUAGGGGUCGUGGUUUUUAGGGGCCUCACUUUGGGGUUUGAACUGGGCACCGAAUCUCUGUGGGAAGGUGGAGGCGCAAUCAAGACCCUGUAGCAUAUAAAAAUGCUGAAAAUUAAGGAUUAAGAGCACUUUAUCGGACCAUUCCUUAGAUCCAGCGGGUCAGAAAGAAUCUGAAAAUCGGGUCGAUGUUUUUAAAAAAGUUAAACCCUUCAUAUAAUCAUGUUAAUGUCAGACCAAAGUGCCAGUUAAAUCCGUGCAAUAAAUUGACGAAGCCGAUGAAACAUGACGGUUUCUUCACGAAUGAACAAAACUCCCGUUUUUGUGUAAAUAACAUGCAAUUACGUACAAAUCUUUAAGUCACACUCUCAUUUAGUACUCUUUAGUACUUUCUUAAUAUGUCACCCAACUUUUCCAUAACUUCAUUUGCAUACUUGUUUUACCUGAUAAACUGUCUUUAAGGUUUGAAAUAUUUUUCAGUUAUAAUUCUUUAUUACCGCUGUUCUUUACGCCUUGUAACUAUAUAGUGAAUAAAACGAUUUUGUAGAAAUAUUACUCUGUUAAAUGUAAUAUAUUUAUAUUGUGUGCAUGAAUGUUGCAUGCCAUUGCUGUGUCGCGUGCAUUUACUCCGUAAAUCCUGGGUGCAUUUCUGUGGAAGUAUUUGCCUGCCUGUGUGCGUGAAUAUCUGUUGGAUAAAUGAUUAUGGAAGAUGACUGAAUGUAUGGUGGUGUAAAUUAAC